AUGGCAACAACAACCACACGAAGUGUUUCCUUCCUUACUCCUCAGGACUCUCUCCGAAAGGCAGCACUCAAGAAGAACAUGUCUAUCACUCAGACCUACUACCUCGCCCACAAGGCCCGGGCCAAGCUCUCUCGCGAGGCUGCCCAACCCGACCACGACCUCCGCCUGCUCGUCGGACAUGCCAAUCUCCUUGACACCUUGAUGAUGGAGCUUGCCGAUGCCGAGCGUGAGCAGGAGCGGUGGUUCAACCAGUCCGUUGCUUCCAGCAACUCCCAGAAGCAGCAGAUCCACAUUUCCGAGAGCAUCCCCGAGGAGGAGUACGACUCCGACUCGUCUGACGACGACUACGACGAGGAUGAGGACAUUGUCAUGACCAACACUCCCAGCCUCCGACCUGUCGCCAGCAAGCCUGCGCCCACUACCGCCAUCAAGUACGUUCCCCACGCCGACGAGGAGGAGAUGACCGAGGACAACCUCGAGGAGGACUACGCCCAGCUCGAGCUCGUCCGCACACACUCGCACUCCAGCCCUCCCCCAGAGCUGGUCGACGAAUCCGAUUCCUCAGACGACGAGUCGAUGCCGCCAUCACCGCCCCAACCUCACAUGCCCAUGCGCGAAGUCAAGGGCGAGAGUGCCACAGAAUCAGAAUCCGGAUCAUUAUUCCAAGGAGGCCUGUACCUGUCACAACAGUCGGACUCGACUGCCAUUUCAGUGUACUAA